GUGGUUAGCCUUAUCAUCCAAGUUUUUAAAGGCAAAUACUGAGAAAGGUAGAUGUCAAGGCUUGACCAGCCCUGUUAUUUCUUGGACUGAACCCUCGCAUCCACCUUGUUGCAGGUACCACAUCUGUGUGACCGUGCUGAUCUACUUCCUCCCCCUGCUGGUGAUAGGUUAUGCAUACACCGUAGUGGGAAUCACGCUGUGGGCCAGCGAGAUCCCUGGGGACUCCUCGGACCGUUACCAGGAGCAAGUCUCUGCCAAGCGCAAGGUGGUUAAGAUGAUGAUUGUCGUUGUAUGCACUUUUGCCAUCUGCUGGCUGCCCUUCCACGUCUUCUUCCUCCUGCCCUACAUCAAACCUGAUCUCUACCUGGAGAAGUUUAUUCAGCAAGUCUACCUGGCCAUCAUGUGGCUGGCCAUGAGCUCUACCAUGUACAACCCCAUCAUCUACUGCUGCCUCAAUGACAGGUUCCGUCAGGGCUUCAAGCACGCCUUCCGAUGCUGCCCUUUUAUCAGUGCUGGUGACUAUGAGGGGCUUGAAAUGAAAUCCACUCGGUACCUCCAGACCCAGGGCAGCGUGUACAAAGUCAGCCGCCUGGAGACCACUGUCUCCACCGUGGUGGGGGCCCAUGAGGAAGAGCUGGAGGAAGGCCCCAAGGCCAUGCCCUCAUCCCUGGACCAGACCUCCAAUGGCUCCUCUCGCAGCGACUCCAAGACCAUGACAGAGAGCUUCAGCUUCUACUCCAACACGCUCUCCUAGAUCACAGGGCCAUCAGUAGCUUGACCACCACUUCUUUGUCAUGCAUGAAUAAAUCCUCAAUAUAGAAACCAUAGGAAACAUCCUUGGGGCCUGUGAAAGGGUCAGAAUAGUUUAGGGAAAACAUUCCAUCCUGGAGUCAAAAGCCUGGAUUCUUCCAUGUCUUUGUCACCCAGAAGCCGUGUGACCUGAAACAAAUCAUCAAACUUCUCUGAGCCUGUAACAUGGGAAGGUUAGACUUGAUUUUCUCUACAGUCCAUUUCAUGAUCCUAGAAUUAACUUGAAUUGCAUGUGGGUGCUCAUUUCAAGGUGCAUCUUGCAGUGAAGCAACAGAUCCAAGGGAUCUGUUUGCCUGGAGCCCUGUCCUGCAUCAAUAAAUUUGUUCUCAGUCUUGCUUAGAUUAUCUUCCUUUAGCUGGUGGCUCACACUGGCUCAGUCUCUGCUUGAUAAAGUGAACAAAAGGAGGAACCACAUAAGAUAUGAAUGAAAGAUUGAACCCUGUCUUCUAAGCACCCAUGAAAAGAAGGCAUACUUCUGCCCCUUCCUGGCAUCUCAAAAUCUCAGUGCAUCAUGGGACGGAGAGCCUCAAGGUCAUCUGCACUAUGUCCCCAGCGAGUGUCCUGGGCAAUCAGUGCAGCUAGAAUAUGUCUACUGAUACUAGCUAAUGUCUGUUGUGGACCCAGAGUGAGAGCUGUGCCAUACUUACCUAUCUGAGCCUCUUUCCUUAUUUGUAGAACUACGAGGCUGAAUUCUACUAUCAAGGUGUUCCUUGGAAUUUCAGCAUCCAGUGGUUCAAUGAUUUUAUGAGUUUUUUGUGUAUUUCACCAAAAAUUGGUAGUCACAGAAAGAAUAGGAGCAAGUUUACCAAUUUAACAUCCAGCAACUAGAGAUGUGGCGACUGCCAAGACCAUGUGUCAAUAUCCAUACAUGACAUUCUCUGAUUUAUCCUAAAACCAUGAGUACUUUCCUUCUCCUGGAAGAUUUUGGUCUAUGACAGAGCAGAGGACUUCACGUCAAAGCCUGCAUCUCCUCAUCAGGCUUUAGCAGGCUGAGACUCAGAGAUGGAGAAUGCCAUCAGGGAAGACAGAUGUGGGCUCUCUGCUCUGACCUUUGGGGUGUCUUAGGGCAGGGGCACUAAUCAAGUUUUAGCUUUAUACUAACACAAGGCAUACAAUACACUCAGAUGCCGAAUGACUGAGGAGGCUGCACCCUGCAACAACAAUUGUGGGAAGAGGCCACCUUGCAUCUUCCCUUUAGACUCUCUGAAUCUCCCCUUCCUGCCCCCUGGCUUUGCUGGUUUCCUGUCUAUAAGAGGUGGGAUGAUUGAUCAACCCUAUGGAACAGCCAGUUGACCAAGAGUCCUGAACUUAAAGCUUCAUGUCCUAACACAGUUUUGGGUUUUCCAGCAGGUAGGCAUGCAGUUUCUUUUUGUCUUCCAGAUCUGCACUUUGUCCAUUCGUGGCUAAAAGCAGAAACUUCAUGUAACUACCAUGAAUGCCUUCCUCAUUAUUUGAAGAAUGUAGGCAUAUGUUCUGCAUCCAUCAUUUUGAGGGAACAAUGCUGGGAAUAGACUUUACAGCCUUUACCAGCCAUGCUGGCUCUAACCCUACAGGCAUUGGCAAACCAGGAGGAAUUUGUAUAGCAACAGUCUAAGCCAGAAAGACUUGACAGCCAUAUUCUCCAAAGCAGCAUGAGAAGGAUUAAAUGAAGUAAAGCCAUCUCAAUGUAAAUAUGUGAUUAGAACACAUAAAUUUGGGGCAACAAAAGUCAGUGCCCAAAGUGUUAGUCAUACUUCUGAUAAAGAAUCAUGCCAUAUAUGGAUUAUUCACUUCAGAGGGAUUUAAGAACCAGCGUGAUUAUGAGAGGUACCCAAGAAGAAAGUGUUAAGGGAUAGGGGACAUCCUCUCCGUGGAAGAGGUUAGAGUUGAAUUCAACAGGGAUUAUUAAGCACUUGCUCUAGACCUGACCUUGAGCUGGGGACACAUGGCUUCUUCUGCUCUUGAGAAGCCUACCAGAUAAGCCAUUGCUAACCCCCCAGUCUUAGUGGGUCUAGGCUACCCAGCAGGCAUGGAGGCAGCUGGGAAGCAGAUUCUCCAUAGGAUUCUAAAGACUCACAUUGAACAGAGGUAAUCAAGCCAAAGGCAACGACCUUAAGAUAGGCUUUUGCAACAAGAGCUCGCUGAGAUAAUUCCAAAGGGAACCACCAGUCAGUCCAGGGGACCUGAAGGGAUGUGGUUAGACAGCAUCAUCACUGACAUAAUAAGACCGAGUGGGUCGGUUUCAAAUCUGGUGGAACGUUUCCUCUGAGAGAGCCCAGCAAGCCUUCCUCUGACCCACUCUCCAACCACCACUUAACUUAAAAAAUCGUUGUUACCUCCCAUGGGUGAGAAACACCAAGAUGUGCACUGUGCAUGGGUCUCAUUCUUAUAGAAAUGCGUCACUCAGUGUUUAUCCUUGAUGUACUAAUCAGUAGUAGUCAAAUGUAAGGCAUCAUGGGGCCAUCUUUGUUAUGUUAUUUAUAAAAUGUGGGAUUUAGUUGCUGACAAUGUGCUAUUUAUAUUGUGCCAAUCCCUCCUCAUUCUUUCUCAGAGGGAAGCGGAGGUACGUCAUGGACUCCCAGUAGGGCUGUAGUAACUGAGGGGUGGGGAGGGAGACCUAUGUGGGAGGAACUACGGGACAGGGGUCCUUGUCCUCCUCACCUCCCACUGGAAUGCUAAGACAGUCCGGAAUGCCCUUUCUCUUGGAAGGACUGAAUGGAACGCUGGGAAAAGAGGGUUUGGGAGCUGACCUUGUUGACCUGGAUUUCAAGAAGAAUCAUGUAAAUAGAGAGGAGUAGUCCCUGAAGUUUUUGUGUUUUCCAUCCUGGGAUCCUGGAAAGAAUCUUCAUACAGAAAUAAAGUAUGUUUUUGACCA